AUGGUUUCGUUAGAGACAUUGACCCCAUUCCAGGACAAACCAAUUGAGCCUCGGCAGUUUCAGGUCAUUUCAACUUGGAGCUUCACAGCAGCAAGGUACAUUCGCCAUUUCGAAUGGAUCUUUGGUCUAGAGUACGAUGCCUUUCCUUACACCAGCGAACUUAAUACAAUGUCAGUCUCGAAGGAUAUCCGACAGUAUCUUGAGGAAGGCUUUUUAAUUUUUAUCCCGACCGCCGAUGACUUGGAAAGAGCCUACGAGAUGUUGAUCUACAAUAACUAUCGUCCUCGCGAUCCCGACGAGCGCAAACGUUUUGAGGAUUUUGGUACAGGUCCAUGGGAAUAUACUAUUAUACCAGGACGGUGGGACACACGGACCAAGAAGAGCGAGUUUUUACCGCCGUUAUUCGAUUGUUCAUCCGAUGGCACCCUCGUUCCUUUCUCUUUCGAUGACUGUGACUACGACACUCUUCCGCGAUUCACCUCCGCUGUGCAUCCCCUCAUAGUUGUCAUGUUCCACCGCAUGAACAUACCAGACAAUCAUCCUUCCAGGACUAUCCAGGAGAAACUCAUCGAGCCACUGAAAAAGGUUUUCCGCAAGUGGCCGCAAUGGCAGCAUAACCGUUUCUUGCCUAUGCCUAACACCAAAUUCAAGCGCGAAUAUGACGUGGGACGGAAGAUAGUUUGUCGAUGCAUCUACUGUUCCAAAAAUACCCCCAGCACCUCUACUGCCUCUUCAUCCGAAUUAGAGGAUACAUGCACGGACGAUGAAGAAGAAGUGGAGAAAGAAGGUCGCGAGGAGGAUUAUAAGGAGCUAUCUCGUAUAGCGAACGAGAGAAUCUCAGUAUGGAGAGGGUGUUUAGAGGGAGUUGCGUCCAUUCACGAUGAUGUCAAACACGACGAUAUAUUGGACCGGUACGCUCAGGAGUGUACGGAUGCUGCCGACAAGGUAAUGCUUAGGCAAGAAGAAGAGCGGGUCAAGCGAGAGGCACUGGCGGCACUGGAUAUGCAAGGGGACUUUCCGUUGAAAAAGAAAUCUAGAGUUGUCUAA